UUCUUGUUUCAUUGGUCGAUAAUUUAAGUUAUAAGAGGGGAAAAUGUUUCAUUAUUAGUGAAAUAAUCUGUCAAUGCAACAAGAACUUUUUUCAAGUUUCUUUAGAACAAUGAGAUGUUAAAGUUUCUCUGUAUGCAGAUGACAGCACAGAUCACUGUCUGUCCUGUGAUUGGUGGCUUUCUUUCCAAAAGGAAGUUGUGAACAGAGUUUAAAAGCUGCUGCAGGACUGCAGACAUUCAGAGGAAGCUGGACAAGCAAUGGCUCUGCUGAAGGUUCUGCUGCUGCUGGGGCUGGGAGUUUCAGUGAACUCAGAUGUUUCUCUGCAGAAGAGAAUCAUUGGAGGUCAAAACUGUGAUGACACUAAGCAUCUUUAUCAUGUUCGGCUUGAGAGCAGCAAUGGUACUCAUAUCACCCGCUGUGGAGGAUCUCUGAUCCGCCCUCACUGGAUCCUGACUGCAGCUCACUGCUGGAAGUCGGAGUCAGGAUGGACUAACGUAGCAGUGCUGAAAGUUCAUCCACGGACUGCUGGGGAGCAGCGACAGAUGAUCCGACAAGCUCCUGUGAUUUAUAGUCGUAAUUUCCAGCAGCAUGACAUCAUGUUGCUGAAGCUUGAGACACCAGUAACAGAUGUCCCACUUCCUCGGCUACCAGACCGCAGGUAUCGUCUUAGAAGAGGCAGUGUUGUUCAGCUGGCAGGAGAGGGAGCAACAACAACCGGCCCCAACAAUCAACGAUUGCCCCCCGGUGCUGCUAUUCCACCACAUCUUCAAUGUGUCGAAAUGGAAGUUGUUGAUGUUUCCCUCUUCGUGCCGUUAACUGGUACUAUAUUCCGUGUUAAAGCACCGAACAAGGAUAUCUGUUAUGGCGAUGAUGGUGGAGCAGCGAUGCUCAGCGACAUGAUUUAUGGUGUGAUUUCUUUUGGUGGAGCAUACUACGCAUGUCAGAGACCUGCUACAAUCUUGGAUGUGUGUGAAUACAAGGACUGGAUUAAAAGAAUUACUGGGCGUAAAUAAAACAGAAACAAUUAUGAAAUAAAAUUCUCAUCAAAUUUCCUUUCACAUAUAAUUUUAUAAUUGUAUCUUCAUCAGUUUGAUCCACAUCAUUGUAGAAUUAGAAUAAAUUCAUAGUUUUGUUUUUCUCACCUGAUCUUGACCUCCCUAAUGGAGCUUUCUCUGCAUCAGAAAUGAAAAAUAAAUCAAUAAAUGCAUGAAAAAGAAA